UGCUCUGAUACGUUGACAGCUAUAGUGUGUCAUCAAUAACUCACAUUGCUAAAUUUUUUGGGAUGAUUAAAGUAAGAUAAAUUUCAUGGAGUAAGAAAUAUUUAACAAUAUGAAUGACUUAGAUGUUAGACAAAAGUGCGUAGAUAUACUAAAAAUAUUUUGCAAAAACUAUAUAUAUAUAUAAUUAAAUACAUAUGUAUUUAAAUCUAUUACGACUCCCAAGACAAAAUAUAUAUUUAAAAUUCGCAUGGUAGUCAAUAUGUUAAAGUGAAAGAAUAGAAUACCUGUGUAGACAAACAGAAAGAAAAUUUGUAUAAACACAAAAUAUAAUACCAUUCAAUAUACAUACUUGUACAGAGGUUACAAAAAGUAUUGAUAUACCCCAGUAUUUAGUACCUGAUUAUAGUACCUACACACUAAUUAAUUUAAUCCAAGUAUAUAAAAUUUCGUACCAUUUAAUAGUACAUAUUUUCAUAUGGUUACAAAAAUUUAAUACUAUGAAAAUAAGAUGUAGAACUCGAUUAAAAAACGCUUCAUUGGAAAAUAAGAACAUGUGUUAAUAUUUCUUGUAACCACUGUAUAUUUUCAGAUACGAGAGUAAUAUUUCGAAUUUAAGCGCUAGUAUUGUUAGUAUGUAAGUACAUGCUGUUCCGAAACUGGGAUGACGAUCGUGUCCUUUAUUAUCACAAACCGUGGUGGAACACACAGCUGUAAUUCACAACAAUGGUGGUGCCGGUCGUGUUUUAGGUUAAAGUUGCGUGGUUUUCAGUAACUUUAGUCCAAUUAGCAUUGUGAAAAAUGGACAAUAGGAUCACAAUAUGUGACCCAGACGAAGAAGAAAUUAACAAUGAAAUAUUUCGGGAUAUCGAGCCAGUCACGUGGAUCAAUGAUGAUCCGAACUAUGAUUUGGAUGAGAUCAACAUGUUCUUCCAUAGGGUGGAUUCAGAUCAGAUUAUAUACGAAGAAAAAAAGAAAAAAUGUAAAUUUAUCGGUAAAUAUGUUAUGGGUGAUGUUCUUGGUGAAGGUAGUUACGGAAAGGUGAAAGAAGUGUUGGACUCAGAGACACUUUGUCGAAGAGCCGUGAAAAUCUUGAAAAGGAAGAAACUUCGUAGAAUCCCAAAUGGAGAGCUUAACGUUCAACGGGAAAUAAGACUAUUAAGGAUAUUAAAACAUAAGAAUGUAAUUAACCUUGUAGAUGUUUUAUAUAAUGAUGAAAAGGAGAAGAUGUACCUAGUUAUGGAAUUUUGUGUAUGUGGAUUACAGGAUAUAUUGGGAAGCACACCUCUUAAGAAGCUUCCAAUUUGGCAAGCACAUGACUAUUUCUGUCAGUUACUGGAUGGUUUAGAAUACCUCUACAGCAAAGGGAUAGUACAUAAAGAUAUAAAACCAGGGAAUUUAUUAUUAGCAUUAGAUGGCACAUUGAAGAUUAGUGAUUUUGGAGUUGCAGAGGCAUUAGAUAUGUUUUCUGAAGAUGAUACAUGUAAAAUGGGACAAGGAUCACCAGCAUUUCAGCCUCCUGAAAUUGCAAAUGGCUGUGAAACAUUUUCUGGUUUUAAAGUAGAUAUAUGGAGCAGUGGAGUUACAUUGUACAAUAUAACUACAGGUCAAUAUCCUUUUCAAGGCGAUAAUAUUUAUAAAUUAUAUGAAAAUAUAGGAAAAGGUGAAUAUACUAUACCUGAAGAAGUAGAAGAGCCACUAAAAUCUCUUAUACAAGGAAUGCUGCAAAAAGACGCAGAUAAAAGAUUUACUUUGCAACAAGUUAAAAAACACCCAUGGACUAUAUGCAGGCAUCCUAAAACGCAAGAAGAAGUGCCUAUACCUCCUCUUAAAGGACAUAAAUGGCACAGCAUGACCGUACUACCGUACCUGAUGGAGUAUCAUUACGGAGGUGACGACAAUCCUACGUAUUAUACCGAACAUCAGCUAAACGAAGAAAAACGGCUUCAAGAGAUGGACAAAAUUAGUGAAGACCAAAAAACUACUUGGAAUAGUCACAACAGCAAACCAAAUUCACAUCAAAGUAAACGGAGAUGGCGCAAACCAAUUUCGUGUAUUAAUGUUAAGAAAUUUCCGUCUUGUAAGCCAUCGUGAUUUGACUCAUUGCCAUGCUUAUCUUUUAUUAUAUAUUUUCCUGACUAUGUCAGAUACAAAGUUUCUCUGCAAUGGAGAUGACUGAAAAUUUAAUAAAUGCUGAACCGUGCUAGAAUAACGACCCAGCUACAGCUCGAAUUGAGUAUAAAAUUUGAACUAAUUCAAAAACAUUGAAAAUGUAAACAUUUGUGAUAUUAAUAUUAAAUAGUCAUAGUAGAUAAUUCAUUAUGAUCUAUUAAUUAUGAGGUUAAUAACUCGACAUCCAAAUAAAGUGAUUUUCUUUCAUGUGCCAUAAUGAAGUUACAAUUAUUAAGGAUAUCUGUUGUUAAACGUCUUUUUUGUAUAAUUUUUUUUUUUUUUUUUUUUUUUUUUUUUUUUUUUUUUUUUUUUAUUAACUUAGGCGAUAAAAAAAUUUAAAAGGCAACACAGAGAAAAUUAUAAAAUUAUUUUUAGUAUCCUUUUCACAAUCAUUUUGCUAUUGUUCUAUUACUCUCACAUUUUAUAAAUUAAAAAAUGCGUGUUACUCUGAACGAAAUAUGUGUGAGUUUUUUUACUAACUUUGACAUUGUAAGAGUUUGUACUCGUUUUUAUCUUUUCAGUGGAAAGCAGAAACUUUUGUUUAUUAAACAAGUUUAUUUAUAUAAUGCAUCAACAAACUAUUUGUAAUAUAAAAACUUUAUGACCGAUGUUAUAAUGGGGGAUAAGGUUAUUCGAGCAUAUAAAGAGAAUGUUUGGUGCUGACUAAUAUCAAACAUAUGUCACAAAUAUUGUUUUAAAUCGACAUUGAAACUUUCCUCCAAUAUAUGUACAUGUUAAAAAUAUUUUAUAUAUAAUUGUUAUUUAGAAAAUAUGAUCUGUGUUUGUAGACUGCAUAUAUAUUAUAGUAUUAUCAUCGUGAGAUGACUUAUAAACACUUAACGCAAUUCUUGUAACAUGACUUAAUAUAAAACAUCGAUUCUUCUAUAAUACAAGAAUAUUGAGGAUUGUUUCACACAUACUUAUAAUAGAUAUUAUUAAAGCGUACUUGAGUAUCAUUAAGGAUAAAUACAACAUUGUUGAUUUAUAUGUCUACUUUUAAAUUUUGUACUAAAUAUUCCAUAUUCAUGCUUUAAUAUUACACCAAGUAUUGCCAAUGGGGUGUGAUAAAUUUGGCGUGUAUAAAAUCUUUGUACAGGAAUACAUUACAUACAUAUAUUUCAAGUACGAAUUGUGAAUGUAACAGUUAAAAGAUAUACAACCAUUUCGACGUUUAGAUAUAUUAUAUAUCUAAUACGCUUCCACAAUAGAAUUAUUUAUUUCAAGAAAGAAAUAUUAACAAUUUUAUUGCAGGAAUAAGAAAUAUUCUUUUUAGAAUAAGCGAAGAUCAACGAUAUCGAUAUCGAUGUUAUUUUAAAUAUGCUUAUUUCGCCUGCGCAAUUUAUACAAAAAUAAAAUCAUAAAUUAUUCUCUUUCUCUCUUUCCUUGAUGGAAUUAAGGUGCCUAAAUACUGCCAAGCACUGAAAGCACAUGGAAAAUAGUUAUACUUUUUAUGAUUGUACAUAUUAUAAACAACAAAGAAUUAUAAUUAUUUUUAGUUACAUAAAGAAUGAACGAAAUAAUAAUUAAGAAGUAAGAAUUCAUAUCAAGUUUAUGUGAUAAUCAAAUCUUGCUUUUCUGGUUAAAAACUGUUUACUGUAAAAUUUAUUGUAUAUGUUACUUUAAAGAAUUUGAGGUAUUAGAUAAGAAGUGUAUAAUAACUUUAUGGGGAAAUAGGGAAUAUUGAUGACAUCAAGUUUAGAUAUUGCUUUGUUAAUUAUCUUUGAUUGAAUAUUUAUUAUUUUACUUAUAUUUUUCAAAUUUAGUAAUAUGCAAAAUAAAAUUAAUAAAACUGGUAGUAAAUUUAACAAAAAGAGGACAUAUACACAAAAAUA